AUCGGAGUUCACAGUAGCAAAAGAGAAAAGAAGUUCACGCCUAAUUACGACUAAUUUUUAAAUCCAGAGGAGACCCCAUUCAUUGAUUGAUUGAAUAAAAUAAUUCGUAACGAAGAAGCAAUCAUUAUCAUUCUCUCGAUUUCUCAUACUAGCGAUAAUAGAUCGACGCUGUUGAUCGCAUGUGGUAGUUCCUUUUUGGAUCAGUGGUUUUUGAAAUGGAGAAAGUUUCGUCGCCGUCUUCCUCUUUUUCACGGAGGUCUGCUUAUCUUGAAGCUCUUACACAAGAGAUUAAGAAGAAGCUUACACGGGCUGUUGUCUCUCCAGCACAAACACGCAACUUGUUACAAGACUUAUUUGCUGAUAUAGCUCUCGAAGUAGACGAUCGAGCCAAAGAUGUGAUCCUUAGCAAAGAAGAGGAUUUGAUUACUUCUGAUGAAGCAGAUGCUGAUGGUCCGUUAUGCUUUUUCGAUGUCCUUGCUGAUUACUAUGUGAAAGUGUCUGAGAGGGGGAAGGAUAUACUUGAUUUGAUGGUGCAGCUGUGGAGCCAGUCCUUUGCAUCACAUAUAUUCUCUCUACUGUUCCAUAAAUGGCUGUUUGAGGUUGAGCUUGACAAUCAAGAAAUACUCCUGCGAUAUUCUUCGGCUCUGGUGCAGGGAGCAACAAAUGUGUUCUGGAUAGACAUCCAGACAAAUACGAGGCGCUUCCAAAGUCUCUUUCGGUAUCUCCUUGAGGAAGUUGCUUUGGAGCAGAUACGAUUGAAAAAAAUUCCCAUUCAGGCUCAGAGGGAACUGUAUCUCUUACUCUCUAGGUUCAUUUUCUUUUACAAUUCAGUGGAUAAACUCGAUAGCUUCUUGAGGAACUUCCCAGAGUUUCCAAAUGCUUUCUUGAUUGGAGGACCUGGAGAUUUCCUUGUUAUCGAACUAACUGAUCAGCUGCAAAAACUGAAGGUGGAACCAGUGCUGCUACAUUAUCUUUCUCAGAUGAAGAUUCUUCAAGGUAUGGAACUGAGAAUGACUACUAGCACAAGGUUAAAGGCGUGUUUAUACAGUUUUACCUCUCCUGGAGGUCCAAUGUACCCGACAAGAGCCGUCCGUCAUGCAGCCUGGGAUGCUUUGGAUUCCCUCUUUCCUGUGAGUAUUACCUUGUAAAAAGUUCAGGUUUAGGCCCAUUGUUUUGAUUGCAAGAUCCAGUGUAAGUGUGUAUGGGUUUCAAAAACAUCAUCUAAGAGUUUUAGGCAAUCACCUAAAAAUCUGAAAGCUCCCAAAGUUCAGCAAAACAGGCUCAAGUUCGCUCGUUUGAUGUCUUUAACACUUGCAUAUAGAUCACAUUAUGGAUAGGCUUGGCUUGUAACAUUGUGAUGCUCUUGUCUUGCAGGUUGGGCGUUACCCGAGGCAUCUCAUUAGUCUAUUUUUCAGGCUGCUAUAUCCGUGGUACUGGCCAUCCUCAUGCUGGAACUUUGUGGUUUCUUGCAUUAAGGCGGUACUCUAUUCUAUCGUAAGGCUCAUCUUUUCACGGCGAGAAAAGCCAAGGCAGAGCUGAAUAGCUUUUACUUUUGAUGAAGCUUACAGCAGGAAUCCAAUCCUUGUGUAUAUAAUGUGGUUUUGGUCAAAGAGGCAAACCAGUGAACCUUACCUUCACCUGUAUUACUGUCUACAGAGAAGAUAAACUCCGUUUUGUGAAAGAUCCCAUGGAUAAGCUUUUGACUUGUUUUGUUGUCAUUGGUAAAAUUGUUAUUUUGCUAUAGAGGACGUGUAUUGUGUCCAGAAACCCUUCUUGUGUAGAAGAUAAACCAUUUCGGCCUUCUGUUUUAGUUGUAUUGGAUCUGUAAGAACUAAGAACCCUUAAACUUUUCACCAUUCAUGGACCAUGAUAUCAUCCAACGUUGUGUAUAUUACUAAUUCGACAUGCUUAGAAAU